AUGCUCGAGGCCUGUAUUCAAGAAAACGGCAUCAAUAUCCCUGCUGAGUGCCUCACAACAAUCGUAGCCAAGACGAUGGAGGACGUAGAUCUGGAUAAGGACGGAUUUAUCAGCUUCGACGAGUUUCGGGUCAUGACUGAGGCCAACCUGCAGAUGCUCAACCACGUGACUUUCAACGUGUCCGCCGUCAUUGCCGAAUACAUGCCCGCACUGCGCGUGCUGAUCUCGAAUAGAGCCUAG